AUGUCGGCUAAUUACUUCAUGGCUGAUUUGGUGUCCGAUUCGCUGUCGGCCAAAAUGGGUGACGAAUGGACGAACGCAGCCGUUUUUGCGCCAUUCCAAAAUCAACAAGCGCUCGUGAACGAGUAUGCUGAUUGUCUAGCCGUGCGUGCGUUUCUGCGAAUGGUCGAAUUACCAUUUCACCUCGACGAACGUCCCAAUGCAGAGUUUAUGUCACCUACCGGCAAAGUACCCUUUCUGAAGCUACAAGACGUCAUUGUACCCGAAUUUAUGCCAAUCGUUGAUUUUGUAUCAAAAAAGGGUGUACAGUUAUCAGGUGGUUUAACAGAUGCACAACGAGCUGACAUGUACGCGCACAUCGCCCUCAUCGAAGAAGUGCUCAAAAAUGCAGAAUUGUAUAUUCUAUGGAUCGAGGAAUCGACGUAUUCAGAAGUGACACGCCAUCGAUAUGGCUCUGCUUAUUCAUGGCCACUCCAUCAAAUCCUACCGAUGCUAAAGCGUCGUGAGGUGAAUAAAUACUUGAGUGCAUUGGAGUGGCGAACGAAGAGCUUGGAUGAAGUUAUCGAUGAAGCAGAUGCAUGCUUCAAGAGUUUAUCUUUGAAAUUGGCCAAUAAUGACUAUUUUAUGGGCGAUUUACCAACGGAGUUGGAUGCUUUAGCAUUUGGACAUCUCUUCACAAUUUUAACAACUGAAUUGCCAAAUAUGGAUUUGGUCAACUGUUUGCGCAAGUACUCGAACUUAACAGACUUUUGCCGUCUGAUCGAUGAGAAAUAUUUCAAAGCAAAUUGA